UUUUUUUUUUGUUGUCCCUUUUUCUUUUCUUUUUUCUUUUUGUACCCUUUUUUUUCUUUUUAAUCUUAUAAAAAAAAGUCAAAUGUACUUGGAAGAACUUAUUAUAGAGGGAUUCAAGUCAUACGUAUCAAGAACGCAUAUUACUGGAUGGGAUGCUGAAUUCAAUGCUAUCACAGGUCUCAAUGGGUCAGGAAAGUCAAAUAUCUUGGAUGCUAUUUGUUUUGUACUUGGGAUUACCAAUCUUAGUCAGGUCCGUGCAAGUAACCUUCAAGACUUAAUCUACAAACGCGGUCAAGCUGGGGUCACUAAAGCAUCUGUCACUAUUGUCUUUAAUAACGAAAACCGUGUAAAUAGUCCUCUUGGAUUCGAAACAUAUCGACAAAUUACAGUCACUAGACAGGUUUUAAUGGGUGGCAAGACAAAAUAUAUUUUGAAUGGACAUAAUGCUCAACAACAAACUGUACAAAAUCUAUUUCAGUCAGUUCAAUUGAAUAUCAACAAUCCUCACUUUUUAAUCAUGCAAGGAAGAAUCACCAAAGUACUGAAUAUGAAACCAACGGAAAUUCUUAGUAUGGUGGAAGAAGCGGCUGGGACAAAGAUGUUUGAAGACAGAAAAAAUAAGGCUUUUGCAACCAUGGGGAAGAAAGAUAGAAAAGUGGAAGAAAUCAAUUCGAUUCUUCGUGAAGAAAUCACUCCCAGACUGGACCAACUGCGUGGCGAAAAGCAAUUUUACUUGGAAUAUCAGAAAGUUGAAACCGAAAUGGAACGCCUCAGUCGUUUUGUUGUAUCUUAUGAAUAUUACCGACAUAUGGAGCGACUUAAUCGAUUCGAUUCUGAUAACUCGGCAAAACAAGAACGUUUAGAUCGAUUAUUAGAAAGGACAAAUCUCUUGAAAACAGAAUUGGAAACUUUGGAGGAAGAUAAACAAACCGCUACAGAACGCUGGAGAACAAAAUCAACAGAAGAAGGAAAUGCCAUCAAGGAUUUGGAACAACUUGUCAAAGAUUACUCAAAUCAAAUGGUACGCUUAAAAACGAACUACAGUUUGCAAGAAAGAUCAUCAGCUGAUGAAUUAGCUGCUCUAUCCACACUGACAUCAUCUUACAAUGAGCUCACUCAAGCUCUCGCUGAAAAGAAGACUACUUUUGAUCUUGUCAAGACACAAUAUGAAGACUUCAAACUGUCCUACGAUCAAAAAUCAAAUGAGUUGCAACGUACAUCUGAGCUACUUCAAACUCUUACAACUGGGAUUACCUCGGAAGAAGGACAUGAAAAUGGAUAUCGCGAACAACUCCAAGCAUCCAAAAGUGCUGCUACCGAGGCUGCUACUGUGGAGGAACAAGCUCAGUUGAAUCUCACUCAUUUGCAAAAGGAAUUCGACGAAAAGUCACUACAAGCGGCAAAAGUAGCUCAACAAGAUCAAGGUCUAGUUCAAGAAAUUGCCUCCAAAAAACGAUCAUUGGAAGAAAUAGAGCAACAAUUAAAUCAACUCAACUGGGAUCCCGAACGUGAAACCGAUUUACAUCAUAGAAGAACAAAAGAACAGGAUAUCAUUCAUGACUUGUUGGACCAAGAAGAAGAUAUCUCUAGAAAUCUUUCCAAUCUGGAUUUUAACUAUUCCGAUCCAUCUCCCAAUUUCGAUCGAUCUCAAGUCAAAGGCAUGGUGGCUGAAUUGAUCACUCUAGAUAAGGAAAAUUAUGAUGCAUCCACUGCUUUGGAAAUUUGUGCUGGUGGCCGCUUGUAUAACGUUGUUGUUGAAAACGAAGAUGUUGGUGCUCAACUUUUAGAUCAUGGUCGUCUUCGUCGACGUUGUACACUGAUUCCUCUAAACAAAAUUGAUAGUUUUCAAGUGUCUGCUGAGAAAAUCACUAUUGCCAAAAACCUUGGACCUGGUCAAGUUGAUCUUGCUCUUACGCUUGUUGGUUAUGAUGAGCAAGUACAGAAAGCUAUGGAAUGGAUAUUUGGUAAUACAUUUAUUUGUCAAGAUGCAGCUACGGCGAAACGGGUGACCUUUGACGACAAACUACGUAUCAAAUCGGUAACUCUGGAUGGUGACAUAUAUGAUCCUCAUGGCACUUUAUCUGGUGGGUCCAAACCUGUGACAUCUGGUGUAUUAGUUAAAGUUCAAAAGUUGAAUACCAUCCGACGUGACCUGAAGCAACACAGACAACAGCUCGCAGAUCUAGACAAGGAAAUUGCUGAAGCUCAAAGAACCAUUGGUGCAUAUCAAAAAUAUAAACAACGACUGGAUUUACAAACCCAUGAAGUGCAUUUACUAGAAACUAGACUGGCCAAAAGCGCUCAUAGUCAACUGGUGCAACGCCUUGAAGUCAUCAAGGAAGAGACGGCAAUGCAUCGAACCAAGGUGGCUCAAGCUCAAAAGGACAAGGAAACUGCAUUGAUUCAAGCUGAAAAAAUUGAACAAGAAAUGAAUGAUUUCAAUCGCAACAAGCAACUCAAACUACAAGAAAUGACCAAAAAAGUCACAGAUCUAAAAUCUAGUUUGAAUCAUUCUACCAAGAAAUCAAAGGAAAUGCAAAGAAACGUACAAACUCUGGAACUUGAAAUUGAACAAUUAGAAGCCGAUACUGUACAAUGUCAACAAGAUAUGCAAAAAGUACAACAAAACAUCGAUGAUCUUCAACAAAAAACAUUGGAUAUGUCCAAAGAAAUGGAUGAUUUAAAGUCCAAAACUGAUGAAGCCAAAUCAAAGUUGGAAUAUGAAAUCAACCUAAUGAACUCUUAUAAUGAAGAAAUCCAAGAAUUAGAAGCGGUGAUCAAAGCAAAAUCUUCGGAAAUGGUGGAUGUAAAUCUUAAAGUGCAAAAGAUACAACAUGAUAUGGAUAGAUUUCAAAAAGAUCAACAAGGUGCCCGACAAACAAUUGAAAACUUGGAAAACGAACAUGAAUGGAUUGCUGAUCAGAAAGAAUUCUUUGGACAAGAAAAUUCUGCUUACGACUACAGGAACAUCAGCAUCUCGGAGACCAAAAAGAUGCUACAACAGGUGGUAGCCAAACAUGACACUAUGCGCAAGAAGAUUAAUGUACGAGUGAUGAACAUGAUUGACAAUGUGGAAAAGAAAGAAACGUCUCUAAAGAAAAUGCUGGAAACAGUGCAAAAGGAUCGACAAAAAAUUGAAGAAACAGUGGUGUCUUUAGAAAAUUACAAGCUUGAAGCAUUGGAAAACACAUGGCGCAAAGUGAAUGAUGAUUUUGCUGCUAUCUUUGGUGACCUGCUAGCUGGAAAUACAUGUAAAUUGCAAGCUCCUGAAGGCAAAACUAUCUCGGAAGGAUUAGAAGUCAAAGUAUGUCUUGGUGGCGUUUGGAAACAAAGUUUAACUGAACUUAGCGGUGGUCAAAGAUCGUUGAUUGCGCUUUCACUUAUCCUAUCACUAUUACAAUUCAAACCAGCGCCCAUGUAUAUUCUAGAUGAAGUAGAUGCUGCAUUGGAUUUAUCUCAUACUCAAAACAUUGGACAAUUAUUACGUACAAGAUUCAAAGGGUCUCAGUUUUUGGUGGUUUCAUUAAAAGAUGGUAUGUUCAACAAUGCAAACGUCCUAUUCAAAACUCGGUUCAAGGAUGGUACAUCCGUGGUGGAGAGAACGACAUCAAGAAUCGAUAAACACAACAACAAGAAAACUGGAGCUGACACGACAUCGGUAGUUGGUCAAAAGCGUGGAUGGAGCAAGAAUACGACAUCUAUGGCAUCUUGAUGAAAUUCAGUCUCUCUUUUGAAAUAGUGUUAUCAACCUAGAUUGUAUAGUAUGUAAAUAUACCCCGCUUUUCCAUACAUUGAAAUAAAGAUGAUGAUUGAUUUGAUCUCAAAAGAAUGUA